AGUGGUACCCAGAGCACUCUGCUUUUGUUUGUGGACUUGUCAUCGCUGGUGUUGGUGUAUCAGCGAUAACAUUCAAUGAAAUAGAGACUAUGUACACAAAUCCCAACAACCUGGCACCCAACAUUACUGCAGGCCCGAAUAAUGACAAGUAAGGACGAGAACUUGUAGUAUAACUAAUAACUAAAGUCUAUUUUGGCCUGUUUCCGAAUUAACCUUUCUCACGAUGACGAAUAUCCGCCAUUUUUGGGUGGCAUCUAAUUCUCGUUAACCAAUGCAGACAAUUGAAGCAAUGUGAAAAACAAUUUUUCAAAAUAAACUAACCAUUUACCAAGCAAAUUUGCCAUCAUUCGUCAAAAAGUUAUAUAAAAAUCGCUGUUAUGUGCACUUAUCUCGCAGACUUCGGCUGAACAGCCACCCAAAAUGCGAUUGAGUGUUACUACAUGUAAAUGCUCUUUUCACAUGCAAAUGAAGAGAAAGUUUCAAUCAAACAACACCAUCGCCAAAGUACAGCCAAUUGCAGUUGAGCUUGCAGCUUGCAUUUUAAACGCGUUGUUGCAUCGUUGAAAAGUAUGCGUUCAUUCCUUGGAAACACGCCGUUGCUAGGGGCGUAACGUGAACUUUUGGCGCGCGUUGUAACGACGUAAACAUGUUUUUCUAUUCUUGGCGUUGACGAAUUAAAUUAGAUUUUGUCACAUUAAAUUAGAUUUUGUCACAAAACCGACCAGGGAGUUCUAAUUUGACUGCAGGCAUUCUAAAAAUACCUUACUGUUCCGUCGCAGGCUUAAGCGGCGUUUUUACAAUAUAUUUAACUCGUUAUACGUUUGUUUGCACGCCGUUAAGAAGUUCAACAAUGCCCGCCAAAAGUUCACGUUACGCCCCUAGCAACGGCGUGUUUCUAAGGAAUGAACGCAUACUUUUCAACGAUAUAACAACGCGUUUAAAAUGCAAGCUGCAAGCUCAACUGCAAUUGGCUGUAAAGUGUACGAGCGCUCCGUGCAGCCACCACAAGUCAAUUGUCUGAAUGUUGUGUGAGUGUUAUACACUGCAGUGUUUAAUGAAAGACCCAUUUCCACUCAAGAAAAUUUCCGCAGAGAGGAAAUUUUGUAAAAUGUGAUUGGCCGACACAAAAUUUACGUCCGGAAAAAAUUUUGAAAUUGAAAAUUUUCGACUUUUAACAAUGAUAUUUUCGGAAAAUUUUCUGUCCGUGGGCCUUAUAACACUCACAUUACAUUCAGACAAUUGACUUGUGGUGGUUGCAUGGAACGCUCGUGCACUUUACCUUAGCGAUGGUAUUGUUUGAUUUAAACUUUCUCUUCAUUGACUCAUGAGCCAAGUUCCCUCAAGCAGUGGCGUAGCCAGACCUUCAUUUUUUUGGGGGGCGGGUGGGCGAAGCAAACACCGAAGGUGCGAGAUCAUCUAGGGGGUCCAGGGGCAUGCCCCUCUAGGGGGUCCAGGGGCAUGCCCCUGAAAUGCGAUUUCAAGCAUUUUAGGGGUGAAAUCUUGCAGAAUUCCGAAGAUUAUAAAGUACAUCGAAGACAUAAAUUUUCCCAGAUAUUUCUAAUUUUCAACUCGGAAUUAAAUAAAUUGUAAAAGUCACCUUGAAAAACAGGAGGAGCCGGUCAGCGUCACCUUAUUUCCCAUCUGUGAUGCUUGGGGAAGAAAAUCCCAAUGUGAUUUUGAUCAGAAAUGUUGCAUUUAAAUCAUUCUAGGUUCUAUGAGACAGCAUUUCCGCAUUCUCAAAAUUGCGUUGCUCUGAGAAGAAUUCAUUCAUGCUAUGAUAAUGCAUACAUGUAAAUCUAAAGGCUAAAUCUAUUCUUCUUGGAACCAUGUCUACAACUGCUUUAACGAGAUUUUACAAUCAAGUUUCUCCAGUAUAUCGUCGUUUUCCUCAUUCGAGACGUACAUAAUCAGUUUCAGCUUCGAGGAUGUAACGUGUACCCCCUCCCCCCCCCCCCCAAUUUCUCCACGGAUUUAGCCUUUUUCAGAGAAUGGGUUUUUUGCGAUUGGGGUGGGGGGCGGUCCACUGCCCUCAAGCAUUUCUUACAAAUCCUUCAAAACUUAGAAUUUACCUAUGCAACUUCCUACUUUGAUCACAGAAAAGUUCAUAUAUAGUAUAACUGACCAGGCUUAAGACAUUACUCCAGUAAAUGGACCAUUUGCAUUAUAGACUAAUUUUUUAUCUAGACAAACAUUUCAUCACAGCUUGAAAGAGCAUCACAAAAUUAGUAAUAUUCCAAAGUUUCGUUGCGAAAUGUUGUAAAAUGCGGAUAAUAUAGCCUUGCGAAGUUUGCCGUUUUUCAGUCAUUUUGUAUAUUACGCACGGGAAAUUGACAGCCCAAUCGGGUGUUGGGGCAUCAAUUUCCCGUUUGUAAUACAAAAUGAGUGAAAAUUGCAAAUUUCGCAAGGCUAUAUUAUCCGCAUUUUACAACAUUUCGCAACGAAACUUUGGAAUAUUACUAAUUUUGUCAUGCUCUUUCAAGCUGUGAUGAAAUUUUUUCUAGAUCAAAAUUUAGUCUAUAAUGCAAAUGGUCCAUUGCAAUCUCAAAUCCACGACUAGUUGAAUUUGUGUUGUCUAGAUACUUUGAUCAAGACGAGAUAUUAGACCGAGUGCCUAGUCUGUUUAUCGUUGUUGGUGUUGUAUGCGCUGUGAUGACUGUCAUUGGAGUAUUACUGUUGUUUGACCCACCGAAACAAGACCAUGUGAGUUCUUGCUUAAAGAAUGAAUAAUACUUUGCCACUUAGAUUGGCUUAUUGCAUUUUUUAUCCGUACACCCCCUGUUGAGGACACACGGCAUAAAUUCUCCUACACCCCGGAUUUUCAAGUAAUUUUUUGUCAGAAGCCCUGGAAAAAUGUGGUUUGUAGAAGGGGGUGCCUGGAAUUCCAAUUGUGUUUAAUCAAUGACCCUUGGAAAUUCAUUUUUUUCCGCAUGACUCCAGAUUUCCACUGUGAAUAAGUUGAUCUCCCCUGGAUUUCCUUGGAAAAAUGUGGUUUGUAGAAGGGAGUGCCUGGAAUUCCAAGCACUUUUUUUUUCGAUGAUGACAAUCAAUGCCCUUGGAAAUGCAUUUUUCCCGCAUGACUCCGGAAUUCCACUGUGAAUAAGUUGAUCUCCCCUGGAAUUUCCAGUUCCGGUAUCAUUAUUUUAUCCCCUUUCCCGGAAUUUCCAUGUAAAUCCUAUUAUUUUGACCCCCACCUACUGGAAUUCCAGGGUUAUUUCGACCCCCACCCACUGGAAUUCCAGGUUGGUUUGACCCCCACCCACUGGAAUUCCAGGGUUAAAUAUAAAAGGCAUCCCCUGGAUUUCCAAGGUCCUCAACAGGGGGUGUACGGAUAAAAAUGCAAUAUGUCAUUUUCGAUUUAGUUACGGAGUUGCCGUUGGUGAAAGGAAAAGCCAUUAUGUCUUAAAUAAGCUUGGUAUAAAAGUCAUAGGCGUACAAGGCAUUAGGGGCUGUUUACUAUAUAGGCUUGCUCGCCUCGGUUUAAUGUAUUUUGUCAUGAUGUUAAUCUUGAGAUCAGGGCCGCCGAGAGGUUGGCGGGGGCCCGGAGCAAAUUUUUUUGGUGGGGCCCCUAUCUGAAAAAUUUUUCGGGACUUUACUCAUUUUUUUAUGCCAAAAUUUGGUACUUAGCCCAAGAAAACAGAUAUCUUGUCCUUUGCGCGGAAAUAUUUAACACACAAGAAAGACUGGGGCCCAACAAAAAUUUUUCAGGGGCCCCCAGCAACUCGGGGCCCGGGGCAAUUUCCCCCCCCCCUGCCCCCCUCCCCCCUCUCGGCGGCCCUGCUUGAGAUAUUCGUAUUAAUGUUUAUAAUUAUAAUGACAGAUUAAAUUUUUUUUCAUGAAGUUCAAAUUGCAUGCAGUAGAGUGAGGAUUUAUCUUAAAGAAAGAAAUCCCAAAUCUUAUUUAGCAAAUCAGUCGGAAUGUUUGUAACUUAUUUACCUAUAUUUUAAAGUCGGUAGGAGAAAAGACAUUUUUUCAACGGUUAACCAAUACAGAUGACGAAAUAGAAGAUACUUCGCAACAUAAAGAAAGGUAGGAAAUACAUACUAAAAUAGAUGGUUGUUUGACAUGCCAAUGGUAACAGUUUAUCAUUUAUUCAACAUAUAGCUAAUACGGUACACGUGUAUUAGGUGUAUAAAUAUGAGAUCAUACGGACAAUAUGAGUCUUUCCACAGAUAUCGUUGUUAUAACCAUAGCCUGUGAAGAUAUGAUGGCUUCAAAGCUACAAAAUAGAAUUAGACCUUUAUUUAAUGUUGAAUUGUACCUCACCGUACACAUUUUUUGUCUGAACCAGCUGACAGUGUUCAUCUUCGUUUGCAUUCCAGGGCGGAUCUUUACGAUGAUGCUCAUCCAUUGGAAAUGAUAAAGACAAGAAAUUUUUGGCUUUUAUGGUUUCUUGCACUUGUUAACGGUGAAGUUCUAAUAUUUCUCCAAUCAUUAUACAAGGUAUAUAUAUAUAUAUAUAGUUUUUCGUUUUACCUCAAAUAACCACAACAGUCUGUUUCAUCCGUAUAGGAAUCAUCAGGUCUGAUGAUUCCUAUACGGUGAUAAAACAGACUGUUGUGGUUUUUUGAGGUAAAACGAAAAACUAUAUUACGCUCUAUCUAUAUGGUAUUGAGCACUGUUUGUGUUUCGUAAACCAAAUAUAUAUAUAUAUAUAUAUAUAUAUAUAUGGUGUUUUGCUCGUGGUAUAUGGCUCAUAUCCGUACGGCUCAGGCCGGGGAUAAUUGUUUAUUAUCAUGUGUUACCAUUCAUUAUUUUGCUAUGAAACUGACCUUACCUCUAGGCAUAUGGAGAGACGUUUAUAGCGGACGACCAUUUCUUGGCUUUAGUCGGUUCGAUUAGCACAGCAUUCAUUAGUGUGGGGAGAAUGUUUUGGGGAAUGAUUGCAGAUAGGCUUCCUAUAAAGGUAAGAGUACGGCAAAUUUGGGGGUGGACCAUUGGACAUCAUAAGAUAGGGGAGGGGGAUUUUCCUUGCAAGAAUAAUUUUUAAAGAUGGAGUCAAGUCUGUCCUGCGCAUGUGCUAUGUGUGGAUCCUCUGGUGUCAAAACAAUGUCAAAAUUUAGCGUUGGUUCGGCUGGUUUACAUUAUCAAAGCCGUAAAUUGCAUGAGGUAAAUUGCAUUUUGGUAACUGAAAACGUUUAAUUCAAUUGCAAUGCAACUGCAAAUAUUUUAAUUACAUUUCAGGCUGCAUUAGUAUUGCAAAAUGCAAUAAUAACAGCUUUGUUACUGACCUUCACACUGUCAGAAAAGGCUGGAAAAUGGAUGUUUCUUAUUUGGAUGGUUGGAAUCCAAAGCACUUCGGCAGGAACGACGGCAAAUCUCUUGUCUGCAACCGCCAUCAUAUUUCGUAUGAAGUACUUUGCUACAAAUUAUGGUUUAGUGUGCAGCUCAAUGGUA